AUUUCAUAAUAAAAAAUAAAAAAUAACAACAUACAAAGUUUAGAUUUAGGAAAAAUAUUAAUACAUGUGAUUUAAAGUUUAAAUGUGUUAUAUUGUGUUGAAAUAUUUAAAAAAUAAGUAGAAGAUGGUAAGAGCUGGUCAAGAUAUGUUAGCGGUGUUGAGGGGUCUGCAACUGGUUGCAGAGGCGUUGUGUCAUGAGCAACGAAAAGUAGGCAAACAUUUAUGGUCUAAUUCAAGUAUACGAGAAUUAUUGGAGGAAAAUCUAAAAGUUGGAGCUGAAUAUUUAAAAUCAACUGGUCAAAAUCCAUCAAAAGAAUUGAAAAAAUUGCAAGAAUUUAUAGAAGAAAGCAGAGGUAGAACUUGCGCCGUAGCUGAGGGAGUAAAGCAAUUAGCAGGAGUACGAUUAUCGCAAGAGUUUAAAAUGAACUCAAAUCAAUUUUCAAGUGCUGAAAAUGCAACAGGUAGUGCAGGUACAGUAAAUGCUCAUGUGCAUAUGGACCAGCAACGAGGAUCCUCAUCUAAUGCAAGUGGCCGUGUUAGUAUGCAAACCAAUAUAGAUGCCGCAAAUUUAGAUAUUUCUUCAAUAACUCUGAAAGAACUUGAAGAUAUAUUAUCUAAAAGGCACAAAGACCGUGAAAUUAGUUUACGUACGGCUGCAACAAAAAGUAAGCAAGUUGUAGAAUCCGAAUCUGAAAAGAGGUCAACAGAACCAGCAAAAUCAAAAAAAGAGGAGUUCAAAGCUGAUACAGAAUAUGUAAGGAAUGUAUUAACAUUUGUAGCUGGAGAUAACUCCUCAAACGUGGACACGACAGAUUCGAAAGCUCAAAGAAAUUUACCUUCACUAAGUACCGUAGCUAAACAAAGAAAAGUUCCGUCAAGUCGUUUGGGAAGAAUGGCAUCAUUUGGUGGACUAUUUGCUGGUUUAGGAAUUGGUACUAUUAACGAAUUAACGAAGGGAGCACUUGGAAUGGGUGGUUCCAAAAAUGUUUCCGAAGCUCUAUUUAGUCCUGCAAAUGCAGAAAGAAUAGUUGAUACACUAUGCAAAGUAAGAGGUGCAGCCUUAAAAAUUGGUCAAAUUUUGUCCAUACAAGACUCCAAUGUGGUGUCUCCACAAUUGGCAAAAGCCUUUGAAAGAGUUCGUCAGGCGGCAGAUUAUAUGCCGGACUGGCAACUCGAAAGAGUAAUGUCUACUCAGCUGGGACCCGACUGGCGCAAUUCUAUUCAAGAUUUUGACGAUAAGCCCUUUGCAGCAGCUUCGAUAGGUCAAGUCCAUAGAGCAACAUUGAAUAAUGGAAUGGUUGUUGCCAUAAAAGUACAAUAUCCAGGUGUUGCACAAAGUAUAGAAAGUGAUAUAGACAACUUGGUGGGUAUGUUAAAGGUGUGGGAUGUCUUUCCACAUGGGUUUUUCAUAGAUAAUGUGGUGAAGGUGGCCAAGCGUGAAUUGACCUGGGAAGUUGACUAUACUCGAGAAGCUGAGUAUACCGAAAAAUUUAAAGAAAUGGUUGCACCCUAUAAUGAGUACUACGUUCCCAGCGUUGUAAGAGAUUUGACAACGAGUAGUGUUUUAACAACUGAAUUAGUACCAGGUGUGCCCUUGGAUAAAUGUUUCGAAAUGAGCUACGACCAUCGAAAACAUAUAGGAGAAUCUGUUUUAAAACUUUGUUUACGUGAGCUAUUUGAAUUGCAGUGUAUGCAAACUGAUCCUAAUUGGUCAAAUUUCCUAUACGAUGCCGACUCUAGACGACUAAUGUUAAUUGACUUCGGUUCUACACGAUUCUAUCAAAAAGAGUUCAUUCGGAAUUACAGAAAUGUUAUAAUGUGUGCAGUUAACAACAACCGCCAAGGAGUUCUGGAAAUUUCUAGAGAUAUGGGUUUUCUAACUGGCUAUGAAACUAAACAAAUGGAAGAGGCUCAUGUAGAUGCAGUAAUGAUAUUGGGAGAAAUGUUCCGUUAUGAGGGUGAAUUUGAUUUUGGCAAACAAAAUACUACUGAACGUAUCGCUCAUUUGGUUCCUACAAUGGUGGCACAUCGAUUAUGCCCUCCGCCAGAAGAAAUUUAUUCUAUUCAUCGUAAAUUAUCUGGAAUAUUCUUAUUAUGCGCUCGACUCAAAAUUAAACUUAAAUGUCGUCCACUAUUCGAUGAUAUUGUUGUGGCUAAAUUUAAAGAAUAGUUUAUAUAAAUAUUAUUUUAUUUAAGGGAAAGCCUUAAAAUACAUAAAUAAACGGAAAGGAUAAAUAUUUUUAGAAAUCUAAA